AUGAGUCCCGCCCGGCUGCGCGCUGUGCGGCGGCCGCUGGCGCUGGCGCUGGGGCUGGCGCUGCUGUGCGCGGCGGCCGCGGAGCCGCUGUCAGGCACCACUCCCUGCUCGCGCGGCAGCUCCUGGAGCGACGACCUCGACAAGUGCAUGAACUGCGAGUCCUGUCCAGCCCUGCCGCACAGCGACUUCUGCCGGGGAUGUGCUGGGGCGCCUUCGGCCUCCUUUGGGCUGUUGUGGCCCAUCUUGGGGGGCGCCCUGAGCCUGGCCCUUGUGCUGGGGCUGCUUUCUGGCUUCCUGGUCUGGAGAAGGUGCCGCAGGAGAGAGAAGUUUACCACCCCCAUCGAGGAGACCGGCGGGGAGGGCUGUCCUGGUGCAGCGCUGAUCCAGUGA